AUGGCUACACGAACAUCUUCACGCCACGCUGCUCAGAAGGCCAAGGAAGCCAUUUCAACUUCCGCCGAGCCGACCGGCAAGACUUCCAAGGGAACAAAGCGGAGAGCUUCCGGCGAUGAAGCUCCACAGCCGAAAAAGGAGAAAACGGAGGAUAUAAAGCCAGACGAAUUGAAAAAGGAGGAAGUACCGGGUACAUCGGUAGAUCGUCCAGUGCAGAAGACAGAGGAAGCACCUGUCAAGACAGAAGAACCACCCGAAGGACAAGCAUCGACGGUGAAACCAGUCGAAAGCCAUCCGGAGAAACCGCAAGGAAUUGAGGGAGGUCUUCAUAAGUCCGAGGAGAGGGAAAACUUAAUACCCUCCAACAUCCUCGAAAAAGGCUUCAUCUACUUCUUCUUCCGCCCACGCGUCGAUGUAGACGAGCCUGAAAGUUUCGGCGAUGUCGCCCGGAGCUUCUUUGUCCUCCGUCCAACCGCCCUUGGAGCGGAAUUCGACCACGGCCAAGGCUCCGUCGAAAAAGACGCCUCGUGUCGGUUGAUGAUACUCCCGAAAAAAAAGUUUCCGACCUCUUCCAGAGAACGAGAAAUGGGAUUUGUGGAGAAGGCUGGACAAUCCAUGCAAGCUCUCCAUGAUAAUUUCAUUGCUGGUAAAACAUACCAGACUUCCACUCGAGGUGAACGUCAUACCGAGGCAGCCAGACCCUACGCGGAAGGUGUCUACGCGAUCACCUCCGCACCGCGGGCAUCCCAUCUCGCCUAUAUCCUGACCAUCCCGGCCGAGUUGGGUGAUGUCCAGGAGGACUUCGGCCUGCAAGAACGGGGAAGUUGGAUCGUUCAGUCGAAGAGUCCCAAGUUCCCUGGUCCACCAGUUGGUCAAUUACCAAAGAAUCCAGAAUUCCCUCCAUCGGUACUUGAGAAAUUCGGAGAUCUCCGAUGGGUGCCUCUGCAGCCAGAGUUCCUGGACUAUCCUUAUUCUCAAUUCCUCAUGAUCGGCUCGGCGCAGAAUGACCUUGGCAAGGCUGCGUCUUCUAUGGGUGAUAAACAGCCUAAGGAGGAAGAGCCUGGUCAGGAAUUGGAGAAAAUGGCAGACGAAGACGAGCACCGGGUUGAUUCCCUCCAAGGAGAUGCAACCGUCUAUGAAGACCUGGGCUACCACGCGAAGAAUUACCCCAAAGUGCCCACAACUUGGAACGCGUAA